CUAGUUCAAUCAGAAGUGAAUUAAAUGGUGAAAAUCCGAUCUUAGCAAUUCACCCUUCUGCUAAUUCUCAUGUUUCUUUUAGUGAAAUAGUAAAAAGUCCUUAUGUAAAAACAAUUGAGGUGCCGUGCGAAUAUGAAGAUAAAAUUAGAAUGGUUCCAUUUCCCAACCGUAGCACUUGUCGGCAUGCUGCUUCUAGUUAUGUACCAAAAAUUUUUAUGGUAGUUCAUUUUUAUCAUGUUGGGAUUUAUUUGGGUAAUGGUGAAGUUUGCCACAUUGCUGGUGGCAAAGACGAUGGAAGAGGAAUUAGAAAUUGUACUGGUCAAAACUGCGAACAUGCUACUAAUAUGAUUGCUUACGGUAUUGAAUGGUCAAAACAAGUAGCAGAGAAGCCAAACCUAGCCGAGUUCGCUGGUAGAAAAUAUGCCGCUAAUAAAAGCAAAAGUGGUUUGUUCAUCCUUAAAGAUGAAAUUAAAAGAGCAAAUAGUCGGUUGGGUGAACUGGAUAACCAAAAGGCCAAAGAGAUAAAAGACAAAUACGAGGCACGAAUUGAAACAGAAAAAAGUCGAUAUUUACAAGAAAUCCCUACUAAACAAGAAUGUAUGAGCGUAAAAGAUGAGGUUUAUGAUCAACAUUUAAAAGAAUUGCAAAUUUUAGAAAAAGAAUAUAAUUUUAUCCUUCCUAAUUCACCCACCCAAAAAGCGGGUCAUCCAGCCAGUCCUAAAUUUCAUCCGGUGGUGCGUCAAAAUCCUAUGCUGAGUUUAGAUAGCGUGGAUAGUUAUGAAGGAUUACUCAAAUUUGAUGAAAGGGUUAAAAAACUACUGAAAACUGACCAAGAAAUAGAAUAUGUUUGCGAAUGA